UAAAGGCGUUAGGGCAUUUUUGAGUCGCAGUUGAAUUUGUUUGUUUACUUCUGCGUUUAUUAAGUAAAUCGAAAAUAUGUCGCAAGCAGAGCUAAAUAAAAGCAUUGAGAUAAUUGCCAAGACCGAGGAAUUGGCGGACAAGAUCUUGGCCAACAAGCAGGAGCUGACGAUUAUGGACAAACGCCGCCAAGAAACGCGAGAGGCAAUGCGGCUGAUGGAAAAAUCAGAGGAUAAAAAAGUUUGGAUCACAAUUGGCAGCAUGCUGGUCAAAAUGGAGCGGCAUAAGGCCAUAGAUCUGCUUAAGAAAGAUCAACAUCAAAUCGAGCAGCAAAUCAACCUUAUUUAUUCAGAUCAGAAAGUCCUGGUAAACAAACACCGUGAUUUAGAGUUUAAAUCGCCCUUUUCGGGUACACACCUUAAACCCCUGGAAAGAAAGGAGUUCGAUGCCCUGAAAGCUAACCUACCAUUGCUGUGAAAAUAACCAAUUAUGCAAACUUAAA